UCCCAGUUGUCUUGAAAGUAACAUAAAUCCAGAGAAUGGCAGACUUUGAUGACAAAGUUUGAUGACGAUGUUUGCCCACAGGAAGGACCACGGCGCCAUGUUCAAGUGAGCAUAGCACAACAACGGGAGUUUGCCAAGACAAUCAAGAGGCCGUUCUCAGUGUACUACAACCCCUACACCCAGAGCAUAGACCUGCUGAAGGACACCAGGAGCAUUGAGAAUGGGGUGCAGGACCUCUGCAGGGACCUGACCACCGUCUGUGACGCCCUGGACAAGAUGAAUACAUACCUGGGAAUAUAGGUCUCUCUCUCUCUCUCUCUCUCUCUCUGUCUCUCUCUCUGUCUCUCUGUCUCUCUGUCUC